UGGCGGGCGCGGCUAAGGUGAGCCAGCUGCGCUCACGCCCCGCAGAGCAUUGAUUGCACCUCCUGGUCUCCGAACUCCUUGCUUGUCUUCUUUCUUGAAGUGUUUUCCAGAAUCCCCGUAACUCCAGGCCCACAAUGGAUGCCCUGCAGUUGGCAAAUUCAGCUUUUGCUGUUGAUCUAUUCAAACAACUGUGUGACAAGGAACCAGCGGGCAAUGUCCUUUUCUCUCCAAUCUGUCUCUCUACCUCUCUGUCGCUUGCUCAAGUAGGUGCCAAAGGUGGCACAGCAAAUGAAAUUGGACAGGUCCUGCAUUUUGAAAAUGUCAAAGAUGUGCCCUUUGGAUUUCAAACCGUUACCUCGGAUGUAAAUAAACUUAGUUCCUUUUACUCUUUGAAACUAAUCAAGCGGCUCUACCUAGACAAAUCUCUGAACCCUUCUACAGAAUUCCUCAGCUCUACAAAGAGACCAUAUGCAAAAGAAUUGGAAACUGUUGAUUUCAAAGAUAAACUGGAUGAGACGAAAGUUCAGAUCAACAACUCCAUUAAGGAUCUCACAGAUGGCCACUUUGAGAACAUUUUAUCUGACAACAGCGUGAGUGAUCAGACCAAAAUCCUUGUGGUUAAUGCUGCCUACUUUGUUGGGAAGUGGAUGAAGAAAUUUCCUGAAUCAGAAACAAAGGAAUGCCCUUUCAGAGUCAGCAAGGCAGACACCAAACCAGUGCAAAUGAUGAAUAUGGAGGCCACAUUCUGUAUGGGGAACAUUGAUGAUAUCAAUUGUAAGAUCAUAGAGCUCCCUUUUCAAAACAAGCACCUCAGCAUGCUCAUUCUGCUCCCCAAGGAUGUAGAGGAUGAAUCCACGGGCUUGGAGAAGAUUGAAAAACAGCUCAACUCAGAAAUGCUGUUGAAGUGGACCAAUCCCAGCACCAUGGCCAAUGCCAAAGUCAAACUCUCCCUUCCAAAGUUUAAGGUGGAAAAGAUGGUUGAUCCUAAGGCUAGUCUGGAAAACUUAGGGCUGAAAAAUUUAUUUAAUGAAAGUACAUCCGAUUUCUCUGGAAUGUCAGAGACCAAGGGAGUGGCUCUAUCAAAUGUGGUUCACAGAGUGUGCUUAGAAAUAACUGAAGAUGGUGGAGAUUCCAUAGAGGUGCCAGGAUCCCGGAUCCUGCAACACAAGGAUGAAUUCAAUGCUGACCACCCCUUUAUUUAUCUCAUCAGGCACAACAAAACACGAAACAUCAUUUUCUUUGGCAAGUUCUGUUCACCUUAAGUGGUAGAACCCAAGUUAAGUCCCACCUGAUUUAUCUGUGGAUGCAGAUUGCUGUAAACUCUGCAUCCAGAGAAUCACUUUCUAAAUGCAAUAAAUUGUUAACAUUCCUGGAUCAGGAAGCAGCCAGUAUUUGUCAUGUGUAGCCUUUACAUUAACAGGCCCUUCUUUUCUAAUUCUUUUGUUACACUUUUUUACCUCCAUAAAAGAAAAUGACACAUACUUUUAAGGAAAAGGAAGCACAUUAGAGGAAAAAAUAUUAUUUGUCAAACUGUCCAAGGUUGUUGGCAAAAUGGUCCUCCACAUGGAACAAUUCCUAUCAGGAGGAUCUGGAGGAUCUUGUUCUCAGAACUUUGCCUUUCUUCACCAGGAUAUAGAAUGUUCUAGACAUUCUGAAAGUUAAAAGAAAUUCCAGUGCAUGGGACCCACAAAAACUGCCUUCAUCCAGUGAAAAUGCACACAUAUUCACUUUACUGUACACAUCCUUAUGUUAAAACUUGAGAAACAAGUUUUCUUUCUUCUCAAACUUUGAAUUUGGGAGAUUUUAGGAAGAUAUUAUGUUGCACAUAUGAUUCAGUGCAUUUGGUAUGCUAUGGAAAUCCAUUAAUAGGGUCCGUACCAGCACUGUAUAAAUCAAGGCCUUAGUAGUUCUAUAAUGAAUAUUCACACAAAAUGGACAAAUAAAGACUAUAGCCCCUACGUGGUCAAAUUCUGCUGGUAAAUGAGUAUGCUAACAGCUUAUGAACAUACUUUGGGAACUAGCUUAGAUUUUGAAAUGCUGGAUAAAGAAUUAUAGAACUAUAGUAGAUGAAGUGUAAGACCUCAAGGGGGACACACAAUUCUUAUUUAAAAAUUGGUUUUCAUUUCUAAUAUCUGUCUCACCUGGCCAUUUGGUGCUGGCCUGGUGCCAGAGCUUCAAAGGGACUGAUAAAGGGACAUAAAUUCCACAAGGACUCUCCCAGUAGCCAAUAAAAAACUUUUGGUGUUGAAGGAAGUUGGCUCUUUGUCUAAUGUGAUGGGGAAAAAACAAGAAACCUAAAACCUUUAGAAAAUAUAAGUAAAGCUCUUAAAGUAUUCA